UCUGCUCCACCGAAACCCUAAACCCCCAACCGCCCCAAGUAUCGCCACCUUCCUCCUAUUGAUCCCGCCGACUCCCUCCGUUCUUUCUCUGCCCCUCGUCUUUGAUUCCUUCCUCGCGUUCUCUGUGCCGCCGUCGAGCUGCCGUCGCCGUGUAAUCUCAUCCGAACUCCCAAAGGGUAGAUUUGGUUAUGAAGUUUGGUAUUUGGUGAUCUUGUACAACGUGAAGCAAUUUUUUUCCAAAUGGCUACCAUUGUUGAAUCAGCAAAUUCAAACAUUGACCGAGCAGAAGAAAUUAAGCUUUCAGCUAAUGAAGCAUUCAAAGCCAACAAAUUUUCACAAGCCAUAGAUCUGUACAGUCAAGCUAUUGAACUGAAUGGCAGCAAUGCUGUAUAUUGGGCAAAUCGUGCAUUUGCACAUACCAAACUUGAAGAAUAUGGCAGUGCUGUGCAAGAUGCCACAAAGGCCAUUGAAAUUGACCCUAGAUACUCUAAGGGUUACUAUAGGCGUGGUGCAGCGUAUCUUGCUAUGGGAAAAUUCAAGGAAGCUUUGAAAGAUUUUCAACAGGUGAAAAAAAUUUGUCCAAACGAUCCUGAUGCUACUAAGAAGUUGAAGGAAUGUGAAAAGGCUGUUCAGAAACUUCGUUUUGAAGAAGCCAUUGCAGUACAUGAAUCAGAAAAGCGCUCAAUUGCAGAUUCUAUAGAUUUUCACACCAUAGAGGUGGAAUCACAAUACAUUGGUGCAAGAAUAGAAGGUGAAGUGGUAACCUUGGAGUUUGUGAAGAAAAUGAUGGAUGAAUUCAAAAAUCAAAGGCGCUUACAUAAGAGGUAUGCUUACCAGAUCAUCCUACAAGCUAGAGAGAUGUUACAAGCGAUGCCUUCUCUUGUUGAUAUCUCUGUUCCAAAUGGACAUCAUUUUACAGUGUGUGGUGAUGUGCAUGGUCAGUUUUAUGAUCUAUUAAAUAUUUUUGAGCUUAAUGGGCUUCCUUCGGAGGAGAACCCUUACCUCUUCAAUGGAGAUUUUGUGGACAGAGGAUCCUUUUCUGUUGAAGUUAUUCUGACGCUGUUUGCGUUCAAGUGCAUGUCUCCAACAGCAAUGUAUCUCUCAAGGGGAAAUCAUGAAAGUAAGAGCAUGAACAAAAUAUAUGGGUUUGAGGGAGAGGUCAGAUCAAAAUUGGGCGAGAUGUUUGUUGAACUCUUUGCUGAAGUGUUCUGCUGCUUGCCUCUGGCACAUGUUAUAAAUGACAAAAUCUUUGUAGUUCAUGGAGGUUUAUUUAGUGUUGAUGGUGUAAAGCUUUCUGACAUUCAGGCAAUUGAUCGAUUCUGUGAGCCCCCUGAGGAAGGUUUGAUGUGUGAACUGCUUUGGAGUGACCCACAACCUCAACAAGGAAGAGGUCCCAGUAAGAGGGGAGUCGGACUUUCCUUUGGUGAAGAUGUCACGAAGAGAUUCUUACAAGAAAACAAUCUUGAUCUUGUUGUUCGAUCCCAUGAAGUUAAGGAUGAGGGUUAUGAGAUUGAACACAAUGGAAAGCUUAUUACUGUAUUUUCUGCUCCAAAUUAUUGUGAUCAGAUGGGUAACAAGGGUGCAUUUAUUCGUUUCACAGCCCCGGACCUGAAGCCAGACAUUGUUUCUUUUUCAGCGGUGCCACAUCCAGACGUGAAGCCUAUGGCUUAUGCCAGCAACUUCCUUCAAAUGUUCUCAUGAUCCAUCAGUUGAAAUGGUGCACUAAGAUCAACUUGAAAUUUUCCUUUUUUUCCUUGCUUUUCCUAAUCGUCACUUACACUCGCCACAGCUGUGGCUGGGAGGCCUGAAGCAGAACCUCAGUGUAGGGUGCAGCUGAUGUUAUAUUGAAUAUAAAUGUUUUAUCUCGUUAUAUCAGUACUAGCGAUAAUUGUAGGACUGCUUUUUUGUUAUUAUUUUUGGGGGUCUUGUCAUCAUUCUUUCACGAACAUCAACGUCCAAACGUUGCAGAGGUGCACAUUCAUCAACUCCUGCCUGCACUGUAAAUGUACAAGUAUUUGUGUCCAUGAUGUGAAAUUAGCCUUAUGGAUUUUGUGCAUUAUGCAUUUCAA